CCCAGCCUGGCCUCCUCCCCGGCGGCUGGCUGCACGCGCCGAAGCUCCUGCGCCUUCCGGGUCUCACGGCGCGCACAACUCCCCGCGCCCGCCUGCACAGCCGCGCCCAGACGUCGCCGGCCCAUGGACGCGGCCUCGGGCCCGUUGCCUCCCGUUGCAGCCCGCCUCUGAGGCGCGGUUCGCCACAGGCCCGGCUCAUCCGCGCCGCAGCCGAAACCCUGGACGCCAAGCAGCAGCUGCAACUAGCAGCGGAGCACCCCACGCACUGCACCGAGCGCGGGUCAUUUGCUCUCCCUGGAAGGAGGAGUAUUCUCAGAUUUCACCUUGGUGGAGGAAGAGUUCAAGCUGCCAGAACUGGGCUAGCACUUCUGAAUAUCCUGAGACAAGGUCCUGUGACUUCCCUGGGAAGCUCUGCAGUGCCCCCACCAGACUCCACCCCACCCCACCAGGCUGCUGGAGUCCUGGGACCCACCUGGGUCUUCAGCCCAAAUCCUUCCUUGCUAAGGGGGGGCAGGGCUGGGUAGGGGGCUUGGGCGGGAUUGUGACAUAAGCUCACCCUGGUGACAUGGAGCAGAACUGGACCCAAUCCUAACAAAGGUAGUGUAAAUAAAGGUGUCAUAAAGGAUGGGGCGGGGCGCCUGCUUGUCAGGGACACCAGCCUCUAGGGGCUGCCAGAAUGGUUCCUGCUCAAUGCACAGAACCAGCGCUUCUCAUGUCUGGGCUGAGUCUCUGGGCUCUAUGGCCCCUCCUCACGUGGCGAAUAGUCCAGGAGGCUCAGCCUCUGGAGGGGGUCAAGGACCCGCUCCAGCUGACCUCUAACCCUCUGGGGCCGACUGAGCCCUGGUCUUCCCGCUCCUCGGAUCUCCCAUGGGAAUCUCUCCAUGGGCUUAGUUCCCCGGCAGACCCGGAGGGGCUCGAUUACCUGGGGUCCUCUGCUUCCUCCCAGAGGUCAGCCCCACCCCAGGAAUUGACUGAGAAUUUGGUUGAAUUUCUGGACGCAGAGUCAGCUGGAGAGCUGCCCCCCGGGCCCAAGCACUUCUCGUCUCCACACCCGGAUCUGAAUGACAGGCUGACUCGGAAGGAAAGGCUCCCAGAGGUGGGUCCAAUGCCGGACUGGGAUCAGAAACAGACCCUAGUUCAGCCUCCUCGCCUCAAAAGCAGGGUUCAAACUGCAGAUCUAGAUCAGGCUGCAGAUUCAAGCAACGAGUUUAUAGUUUCUCCCAAGAACCUGAAAAAAGAUUUAGCUCAGCACUGGAGACUUGCUAAAGUUGUGGGAAUUCCACAUCAUUUUUUAACAAAACAGCAUCAGAAACAAACUUUGCAGGAUCAGUAUCUGCAGGAUUCAAGUAUGGCUAUGCCGGAUAUUCAAUAUCCCGGCAGCCUGCCUCCAGAACUCCAGGUGAACUCGGAUGAGCCUCCAGGGCCCCGUGAGCAAGUUGGACUGUCUCAAUUCAAUCUAGAGCCUGCAACUCAAAACCCAGAGACCCUUGAAGAGAUCCAGUCCUCUUCACGCCAGCAAGAAGCCCCAGUGCGGCUUCCACAGCUCCCUAAGGAGUUAGAACCUUCUUCAACCCAGCAAGAGCCCCCAACCCAGCCUCUAGAGGAGGUAGAACCUUCUGCAACUGAACAGGAAGCCCCAACUGAGCCUCCAAGUCCUCCUAUGGAGCCUGAACUUUCCCUCAGUGAGCAGGAGCUGCCAGCUCAGCCUUCUGAAUCUUCUGGGGAGCUUGAACCUUCUCAGACCCAGGAGGAGACCCUAGCUCAGCCUCCAGAAGAGAUGGAACCUUCUGCAAUCCAGGAGACCCCAACUGAGCCUCCAGGUCCUCCUAUGGAGGCUGAACUUUCCCCCAGUGAGCAGGAGCAGCCAGCUCAGCCUUCUGAGUCUUCCGGAGAGCUUGAAUCUUCUCCAGCCCAGCAGGAAGCCACAGUUCAGGCUCUAGAGCCCCCUAAGGAGGUAGAACCUUCAAGCCAGCAGAUGGUCCCAGCUCAGCUCCCAGAGCCAUCUAAGGAGGUUGCAGCUCAACCUCCAGCUCAUUAUGAGGUGACAUUUCCAACACCAGGUCAGGAUCAAGCUCAGCAUUCAAUGUCAUCCAGCGUUACAGUUCAACCACUGGAUCUGGGACUUACCCUAUCUCCAGAACCCAGUACAGAGGUUGAACAUUCUACACCCCUGAAGAAGACUAUAGUUCCUUCAAAGCACCCUAAGGUGACACUUCCACAUCCAGACCGUGUUCAGACUCAGCAUUCAAACCUGACUCAAACCACAGUUCAACCUUUGGAUCUGGGGCUUACCAUCACUCCUGAAUCCACUACAGAGGUUGAAUCUUCCACAGCCCUGACGACUACAGCUCCUCCUCCAAAACAGCCUGAGGUGACACUUCCACCUUCAGACAAGGGUCAGAGUCAGCAUCAAAACCUGACUGAAGUCACACAUCCACCUACUGAACUAGAACCUACUCAGGAUUCACUGGUGCAGCCUGAAACUUACACCCAAAAUAGGGCUUUAACUGUACGGAAAGAACAGGCCUCCACAAGCACCAACAUAUGUGACCUCUGUACCUGCAGAGAUGAGACGCUGUCGUGUAUUGCUCUCAGCCCGAAGCAGAGGCUCCGCCACGUGCCUGUGCCAGAGCUGAACACCUACUACAGCAACUUCACGAUCUUAAAUUUACAAGGAAACUAUAUUUCUUAUAUUGAUGGAAAGGUAUGGAAGGCAUACCAUUGGACCGAGAAACUAGACAGGGUCUUACUUUGUUCCCCAGGCUGGAAUGCAGUGGCACAAUCACAGCUCACUGCAGCCUCCACCUCCCAGGCUCAAGAGAUCCCCCGCCUCAGCAUCCAAAGUCUCUGGAACCACAGAAUUCUCAGUGAAAAUUAUUUGACUGAAUUACAUAAGGAUUCAUUUGAAGGCCUGCUAUCCCUGCAGUAUUUGAUCUGACCUAGCCAUAUGGCCUGCUGCCUCUGCCAAUUUAAAAAUAGCAUUGAGGUUGCCUGCAAGACAGUCAAGCUGCAUUGCAACAGUGCAUGUCUGACAAACACCAUACAUUGUCUUGAAAAAGCAUCUAUAGGGAAUCCCGAAGGAGCGUUCAUGAAGGUGUUACAAGCCCGGAAGAAGCACACAAGCACUGAGCUGACUAUUGAGCCAGAGACACCCUCAGACAGCAAUGGCAUCAACUUGUCAGGCUUUCGGAGUGAGCAGCUAGACAUCAAUGAUGAAAGUGAUGUUAUCAGUGCACUAAAUUAUAUCUUGCCUUAUUUCUCGGCAGGAAAUCUAGACGAUGGGGAGGCAAUGUUGUUACCACUCAUUAAACUGCUUUUUUCAGGUUCACAAGAUGGUGACAGGCCCCUGGGUAUUUUGAAAAACAAUAUAAAGAGCCCCUCUCUUCAACCUGCACCCAACAACUCAACUUAAGAAAAUAAAUUGAGAAAGCUGUAUUUCUCAAUGUGUUAGAUGCAGAAAUUCAAGAACGUGUGUUAGAUGCAGAAAUUCAAGAAAAAAUCGAUGAGGUUAAACGGGAAGAAAAAACUGCCAUGCUUGUACAGUCCAGGCUUUUAGGUCCCAAAUUUUCAGACCAAAUUAGAAACUGCCCAACCACAGGAAAACAGCCUGGCAAAGAUUCAAAGUGUAGGAAAAAGCCUGCAGAGAGCAGAGUCCUCAUGGGCCCAAGGAGCAUCCAGAAAAGGCACUUCAAAGAGGUGGGAAAGCAGAGCAUCAGGAGGGAACAGAGUGCCCAGGCAUUUGUGGAAAACACUGCCAAGGGAAAAAGGCCCGGGAGUGCGGCCCCAAGGGAACUGGAACAGCCUCACCUGGUGCAGAGGCCCGAGAAGUUAGUGGGAAACACUAUCUACACCAAGCCUUUGUUCACCCAAGAGCAUAAGACAGGGGUCUCCUCUUUGCUGAAACCCUUCUCCAUGGGCGGUCCCUCCGCCUCCACCUCUGCAAAAGCCCAACCUGGGGUCAGACCGAAAGACACCAUUUUGGUUUAAGAAAAGGCAAAGGCUAGAGUUAAAAAUGUGAAGGCUGCUAAACCAACCAUAAAUUUCAGAAAAAAAUAACGCUUUCAUAAAACUCACUCCCAUGUGGUCCACAGAACACCCAAGGUUAAAAAGAGUCGAAACUUCAGAAAGAAAAGUUCUCUCAACAGACUGAUGCUUGCCAAGAAGCCUCUGUUCUCUGCAGCAAAGAGCCUCAUAAAUUCCCCUUCAGAAGGGGCUUCUUCAUCUUUAGGAGACAGGACUCCUCAAAAAAAUCCUUUCCCAGAACUUUUUGCUCCUUCAGAUGUAAAACACACCGCUGCAGGAAAUGACUUUGAAGAAAAUAUUUUUAUGGAAAACAGUGCUAUGCCAGAAGGCACCAUCUCUGAAGACACAACCUACAAUAAUCCUCCUGAGGCAGAUUCCACUGGGACUGCGUUCAACUUAGAGCCAACUGUUAUUUAAACAAACCAGUGAAACACAAUGGGAAUACAAUGACCUGGGCACUGACCUGUUUCCCAAGCCCCAAAACUUCAAUUACCCAUUGCUCUCGUCCCCCGGUGAUCAGUUUGAAAUUCAGCUAAACCAGACAACAGUGUGAGAAGACAUAUCUCAUGUUAUCUAGACCUUGAAGAUGGACUGCUCUAAGACCCAAGUGCAAUUAGCCUGUGCUAAGCUCAUCUCCAGGACAGGCCUCCUGGAUGGAGGGGACCGAGUGGAAGCAAUUUAUAGGGUAUGAGCAGCAGCACUGUAAGAGACCAUGUGAGGAAGGACAGUGUUUUAACUGGAGUCCAAUCCAGAGGGACUUCCUGGCAGAGAAACAAACCACAGGUCAGGUCAAUGGUGGUCCCAGCUCUAGCAGGGCCCCCAACCACUCACUAGUGCUAUUGGGCUGAACCCCUGGCUCAGGAGGAAGGGAGGUGAGGCAGGGGCAGGCCUUGGCAUGGAACGAAUUGGGAGCUGCUUCUUGGGAGCUGCUCAGCCUAACGCAAACGUUUUUUCAACUGCUCUUUUGCCUCUUCCAUUUGACUGUUCCCAGAGUCAGGCUUACCCACAAAACAGGCAACACCCAUGAGAGCUCCUCACUCUGAAGGGAGCACUACACAUAACUAUGCAUAAUUGAGACCUGUCCUGCACAACAUACAAGUGCACCAAAUGCAGGAGCCCUACUGAUCCUGCCACCCCAGGAUCCACUGUUCAACUCUCCAUCUCUCUCCCAUUCUGCAAGUUCACCCUUAGAUGGGGCCCCUUCUCUGGUUCCUCCCACCCUGAGUGUUGGCUCUGAUGCUCUUACCUGAGACCGGUGCACUAAGCUGUUACUGUUGGUCCCAUCUGGAGCCAAAGUUCAUCCGAGACUCUCCCCCGAGCCCUUGCCACACCGGUUCUUGUAACCCACUCAAAAUAACGGUUCUGUAACCAGAUGGGAGAUGAGCAACAGGACGAACCUGGGGUCUUAGGGUAUAUGUGAGUGGACGUGAUAAGGAAAACAUCUUUACCAUCCAGCGUAUACCAUUGCCCAGAACUGACCGCCCAGUGGGACCCGUAGCCGAGGUCCUAAGGCCCCCAGAAGUCAUCCCCAAGGUCCAGAAAGCCCCCAGUCCUAGCCCUGCUACUCCCAACCUAUCCUCCACUCCUAGCUCUGCUAUCACCAUUCUGAACCUAUUCACAGAAGCCCCCCGCCCCAGACAUAGAAGGCUUGAACCUUCUAAACAUGUUGUCUGCCACACACCACCUGCUCAACCAGACAAACCCAGAUCUAGGAAAAGAUUGCUGGCUAUGCUUAAAUCCACAGCCACCGUUUUACAUAGGCCUAGCAGCCCAACCCGAUAUAGCCCCCUCAAGUACCUCAUGUACUGAAAGGCAGUUCCACAGAACACCUAGGGGAUCUAGAGGGAGAAGGCAGAUAUUUCCAGUCCCCUAACUGUGAUCUCACCAGUACCCCCUACCGACGUUUUUGCAAAAAUACCCUCAUUUUAAGUUACAGUCAGACAAGUUAUUUCUCGGCAGGAAAUCUAGAGGAUGUGGAGGCGAUGUUGUUACCGUUCAUUAAACUGCUUUUUUCAGGUUCACAAGAUGGUGACAGGCCCCUGGGUAUUUUGAAAAACAAUAUAAAGAGCCCCUCUCUUCAACCUGCACCCAACAACUCAACUUAAGAAAAUAAAUUGAGAAAGUUGUAUUUCUCAGUGUGUUAGAUGCAGAAAUUCAAGAACAUGUGUUAGAUGCAGAAAUUCAAGAAAAAAAUCGAUGAGGUUAAAAGGGAAGAAAAAACUGCCAUGCUUGUACAGCCCAGGCUUUUAGGUCCCAAAUUUUCAGACCAAAUUAGAAACUGCCCAACCACAGGAAAACAGCCUGGCAAAGAUUCAAAGUGUAGGAAAAAGCCUGCAGAGAGCAGAGUCCUCAUGGGCCCAAGGAGCAUCCAGAAAAGGCACUUCAAAGAGGUGGGAAAGCAGAGCAUCAGGAGGGAACAGAGUGCCCAGGCAUUUGUGGAAAACACUGCCAACGGAAAAAGGCCCGGGAGUGCGGCCCCAAGGGAACUGGAACAGCCUCACCUGGUGCAGAGGCCCGAGAAGUUAGUGGGAAACUUGGAACAAAGGAAACCAAGCCUUUGUUCACCCAAGAGCAUAAGACAGGGGUCUCCUCUUUGCUGAAACCCUUCUCCAUGGGUGAGCCCUCCGCCUCCACCUCUGCGAAAGCCCAACCUGAGGUUAGACAGAAAACCAACCAUAAAUUUUAGAAAAAAAUACUGCUUUCGGAGGUCCGAGCCCGUGGAUGGAUGGGGCCUGGUUCGGAGACCUAGUCUGAGGGUUGGGACUUGGGCAGAGGGAGCCGUUGAAGACUAUGUGAUUGGGGAUUAGAUUGGACCAAGUGUAAACUAGAAUUGAACUGCGUUUACAGUGAAACCAGUUUGAAAGGCAAGCGGGACGCAUAUGGAGGCAGACUAGGUGUUCGGAGGCAAUUAGAUUUAGGGUUUAAGAGAUCUGCAUCUGGAGUCAGAAAAAGGCCCAGGCCUCCAUGCAGAGGGGCUUCUUCAUCUUUGGGUGACAUGCCUCCCCAAAAAAAUCCUUUUCUAGAACUUCAGAGAAUUUUAUAGAAAACACUGAUGUAGGAACACCAGUGCAGGAAAUGCCUUUGGAGAAAACAUUUUUAAUGAAAACAGUGCUAUGCCAGAAGGCACCAUCUCUGAAGGCACAACCUACAAUAAUCCUCCUGAGGCAGAUUCCACUGGGACUGCCUUCAACUUAGAGCCAACUGUUAUUUAAACAAACCAGUGAAAUAAAAUGGGAAUACAAUGACCUGGGCACUGACCUGUUUCCCAAGCCCAAAAACUUCAAUUACUCAUUGCUCUCGUCGCCCCGGUGAUCAGUUUGAAAUUCAGCUAAACCAGACAACAGUGUGAGAAGACAUAUCUCAUGUUAUCCGGACCUUGAAGAUGGACUGCUCUGAGACCCAAGUGCAAUUAGCCUGUGCUAAGCUCAUCUCCAAGACAGGCCUCCUGAUGAAGCUUCUCAGUGAACGGCAAGAAGUAAAGGCAUCCAAGGCAGAGUGGGAUACGGACCAGUGGAAAACCAACAACUAUAUCAAUGAGAGCACGGAAGCCCAGAGUGAACAGAAAGAGCAGAGGUCAAGUGAAGUGAGGACCACACAGAAAGGUGAGACCCGGACUUUCCCAUCAUUUAGCAUAUGUCAGGGAAGUGCCAACACAAGAGAACCUGGGACUCACAGGCCAUAGCUUGUCUUGGCCAUGUGACUUUGGCCAGGUGGCUCAUGCUUGUAAUCCCAGCACUUUGGGAGGCUAAGGUGGGUGGAACACUCGAGGUCAGGAGUUUGAGACCAGGAGUUUGGCAACAUAGUGAAACCCUGUCUCCACAAAAAACGCAAAAAUUAGCUAGGUGUGGUGACACAUGCCUGUAGUCGCAGCUACUCAGGAGGCUAGCUAAGGUGGGAGGAUCACCUGAACCCAGGGAGGUCAAGUCUACAGGGAACCGUGAUCGUACCACUGUACUUCAGCCUGAGCAACAGAGUGGAAUCCUGUCUCAAAAAAAAUAAAAAAGAACCUGUAAGCUACUCACUUGGAAUACUGGGGUUUUGAAUAGUUAGCUUUCAUCCUAUCUCUUUGUUUUCUUAAAAAAAUUGUUGUUUUUUAGCACACUAAAGUUCCAGGAUAUGGCUUCAACAACAAACUCAUCCUGGCAGUAUCUGUGACUGUAAUUGUAACAAUUUUAAUCAUCAUUUUCUGUCUCAUUCAGCAGAUAUACCGUCAUAGAAGGGCACCAAAGGACGGUGAAGAAGCAUUCCGAAGGGGCAUUUCCAGAGGUCUGCCACACAGGACAUCCUCAUCCCAAAGUGUGACUCAGAGUGGCUUUUUCUUAAGAUGGCCACUCUGGCUUAGGGAUAUGUACAGACGUCUCAGUGCCACACGCGUGAAAAACAUGACAUGGCACGGAAGCUGCACGACAAGAAGUCUGCCAGUGAGGACGAGACCUUCAACAGGUACACUUGGGACAGCAAAGCCCCAGCAGAAACUCCAUCAGAGAACACCCCAACCGGAGAGUCCACUGCUGAGGGGGAGGACAGUGAGGCCCUGCUGUAGGAAGACAACACAGAGUAACCCCAGCCUACCUCAGGCCUUCUGACAAAUAAAUACUUGCUUUUCUUACAAUA